UUCUCUGGUGCUCUCAAUACGAAUACUAACGACCGAAGAUAAUUUGUGAAUAUGAAAGUUCUACUGCUGCUCUGCCUGGUUGCGACCAGCGCUCUGGUUCUGGCCAAACCUCUCGACACAUCCGAUUCCUUGGGAUAUGUCGAUGAGAACUCUCUCGCCACCGAAGUGGCUUCCGAUGACCAGAAUUCUGACUUGGUGAAGGAAUCCGACGUUGUAGCAGACGAACAACAGGACGAGGAAGUGGAUCAAGAUGCUGAGGAAAAUUCAGAUGAUUCGGAUGAUUCGGGCAGUGAUGGUGAAGAUGCAGAGGAAGAAGCUGAUGAUGCGGAUGAUUCGGAGAGUGAUGGUGAAGAUCAAGUUGCCGAGGAAGAAACUGAUGGCAGUGAAGACGAUGCGGGCCAGGCACCGGAAGUUGAUGACGCUCAAGAUGAGGCAUCCGAAGACGCGGAAGAGGAGGAUUCCCAGGAUUCCGAAAACGAACCUGAAAACCGUCCCCCACAGGACGCCCAGCCGCCACAGGAUUCAGAAGCAUCCGAUCCUGAACAACCAAAACAGGAAGAACGACCAUCACAAGAUCACCAAGAACAUGAAAAUGAAAACGAUGAUGUAGUGCCGCAGCCUCCCCAAAAAGAACAUGAACAACAACCAUGCAUUCUUCCUCCCCAUGGUAACCAAGAUCAGCCGCCACCGGCCCAUAACAGUGGCGAAGAUCAUGAACAACAGGAGAAUGGUGGCCAGUCACCAUCCGAAGAUGGUGAAAGCCAAGAUCAUCAUGACCAUUCCGAACCAGAGGACAACCAUCAUAAUAGUGACAAGGAACAUCAACAAGAUCCGACUGAAGAGCAGAACAAUCAUGACCAUCAUGACCACCACGGACCCCACCACGAUCACCACCACGGCCACCACAAUAAUAAUCAUGGAAAGCCAGGACAGCAAGGUCCACAGCAGGAACCUCAAGAUCAAGAACAACAGCAAGAAUCGCAAGAACAGCGUCCUCCACAGGAGCCUCAAAACCCUGGACAGGGAAAUCAAGGACAACGUCCCCCGCAAGACCCUCAAAAUCCCGGACAGGGAGAACAACUGCCAUCAUCUCCAGCUCCACAAAGCCGACCAGGUCCUAAAGUGGUCAACGUCAAUAUUCGCGUAAGUCAGUAAAGUUGGAUUUUUGCUAUGUAGCACGUGAAAAUGUGUACGGAAAAGCGUUUUGAAUAAACUGAAUGAUGAGCCUAAUCGGUCACAGAA